AUGGGCCCCGUUGAAAAGCUUUUCAGCUCACAGUUGUAUCUUUCUCUUUUGUUUCUUGUCUCCUCCUGCAGUUUGCACCUCACCACCUUCUGCCUGCAGUACAGGCCCACAGUCGUCGCAUGUGUCUGCAUCCACUUGGCCUGUAAGUGGUCCAACUGGGAAAUCCCCGUGUCUACAGAUGGCAAACACUGGUGGGAGUACGUGGACCGCACUGUAACUUUACAGCUGCUAGACGAGCUCACACACGAGUUCCUUCAGAUCCUGGAGAAGACGCCCAGCAGGCUGAAGAGGAUACGAAACUGGAGGGCCAUUCAAGCAGCCAAGAAGCCAAAGACAGAUGGCCCAGCAGUGGACAGUGCCUUCCAGGGGACAUCUUUAGACAGUCUUCCUGGUGUCACCAACUCUUUCUUUCCUUCCACCUCUGCAUCAGACGCCGCAGACAUGCCCACCCUCAACACCAUCGCAGUCCCCUUCGCCUCCUACCAGCCACUGAGCGACCAGUCCAAGUCCUGCGGCUACGACCAGUUCUCCGAGCCUCACCCUGCAGACUUCACGCUGGUGAAACACGAACACAAAGCUGCAGGCGGUUCUAGCAGUAAACACCAGCAGCUCGGUACAAACGCCGCAGCUUUCUCACGGCCGCAGAAAGUCUUGACUCUGGAAAAGUACAGAGAGAAACACGCGGCAGAGCUGGCCUUGCAGAACGGUAUAAAGGAGGAGGCGAACACAGACAUAUAUGGGCCUCCUCCAGCUCUCUCCUCGCACCACCACAAGAAACGCUCUCAGCCACAGCAGGCCGGCCAGUCCAGCGACGGCAGAAGAGAAAAGUCCAGCUCUAAAAAGACUCGGCUGCCUCCUCCUUUCACCGAGAACGGCUCUGCCAGUAGCGAAGAGCUCAAGAUGAGAAUCAAAGUUUCAUCAGAGCGUCACGGUGGCUCGGAGCAGGGCGGGACUCUGCCUGGAAAAGACAAGCACAAAGAGCACAGCGGCCACCGCCACUCGAAACACGGCCACUCGCACGCUUAUUCCCUCAGCGGAAACAGCAGAGGGACAAUGGACAACUCCUCCUUAUCUCUACGAGCUCCCAGUAGCCAUUGCAACGACAUGAUUUCCUCCGGCUCCUCUCGCAAGAGGCCUCACUCUGACACCGGGAACCACAAUCACCACCACCACUCGUCCAAGAGGAGCUCCAAAGGAGGCCUCGGCUCGUCCCACUACUCGUCAGAGGGCAGCCAGAGGAUGCUGGAGCACCACGGCCACGACGGAACCAACGGCCUGCUGACCGCCAACGGCCAACACACUGACUACAAAGACACUUUUGACAUGCUGGACUCUUUACUAAGUGCCCAAGGAAUGAACUUGUAACCUUCAGAGAGUCUACAGUGUUGUCUUAGAAUAAGGUAUUACCAUGUUUAAUAGAAUUUUAAAAAAUGAAUUUAUUUGUCUUAAGUUAUCUGAAUUCUGCAUCGCCCUCAGUCGUGUCUACACACUGAUUAUUGAUGAUUCUCAUUAAGCUGUCAGAAAUGUAAAAUUGUAUGCAUAGAGCUGUGUAAUACUAGCUUGCAACAAAAAACAAACAAACAAACCAUGAAAUCUUUCAAGAAUGCGGCUGGAAAAAUGAGAUUUUAAACUUUUUUUUUUUUUUUUUUUUUAACGUGAACUGACAUUAUGAUUUGCAUGUUUUCGGUCACUAAAGGGAAGACAUAGCUAGUGUUCGCAGCCAUUGUGACAGUUUACAGAUGGUUAAUGUUUUUGUUGUUUUUUUUUCUUUCUAUGUUAAGACAUUUUGUUCCACUAAAAAUCUCAGGUCUUGAACUUUUUUGAUAUAUGAAUGAAUCUUCCUCUGUUUGGGUUUAUUACCUGUAUCUGUGGAGAUGUUAUCACCUCGUCCAUUUGCUGACGAACAGGGCAGAACUUCUGUCUUAGGAAACAUGGUCUGCUUAUAUUUCAAAGAGUGCAUCAGUAGUUCCAAAAAAACAACACAAGUGUGAGGCCAACUCCAUUUACUGUCUAUUGGGACUUCCAAGGCCGCAUCUGAACUUAAUGUGCAGACUCAUUAUAGAGCUAACGAUGAAGUUUACGUUAAUCUGCUGUGAAAGUGCAUUUAAGAUAUAUUGGCUAAAAUCACAAAAAGGCCUUGUGAUUGUACUUAGUCAAUCGCUAUUCAGUAUGAUAAAUGUUAUUAACUAUCAGAAAAUACAGUUUUCUAAAAUAAGAUUGUGUAUAUAGGACUGUAGUUCAGAUUUCAAUCUGUUGGUUUAUCGCACCAGUCCGAACUUCCUCCAUUCAGUGUAUCAUGAGAUCUAAAGCAGACUGUAUUGAUGAACAUAUCCUCGAUUUGUGUAUUGGGAGCCCAAAUAAAGGUGUAAAAGUGA